AUGUCUUGGGGAGGCCACGUGUCGUGUUACCCUCUGAAUGAGAUCCAGUCCACCAGAACCCAGAGACCAACAGGAGGCUCCAGCUCCUCCUAUCCCUACGUAGACAUUCUGCUGGGAGACCUGCUGACACAGCGAAUCACGCAGCUGCAGCUGGAACAGGGUCUGGAGCUGUGUCGGGUCAUUGCCAUGCACAUGGAAAACAUGCUGUCUGUUCGGGAGAAGAGACUCACCCUGCCACCGAGUGAGAUCACUCUGUUAUAACACUGUCUGUCAGUCAGUCAGUCUGUCUGUCUGUCUGUCUGUCAACCAGCUACUCAGUCAGUCAGUCAGUUAGUCUUU